AUGGGCCCCUGUACCGCCUCCUCAUGCUGCUGCCAGACCCGUAAUCUGUCAUGGGCCCCUGUACCGCCUCCUCAUGCUGCUGCCAGGUCCAGAGUGUCUCAUGGGUCCCUGUACGGCCUCCCAUUGCUGCUGUCUCCAUCGCCACACUCUGAUAUGUGCCACUUUCAGGUCUCCUCACACUGCUGGUGGGGUUCCAUUUUGUCAUAGGGUGCUGGCAGAUUACGGGCCUCCCAUUGCUGCUGCCAGGCCCCUAAUCUGCCAUGGGCCCCCGUACCGCCUCCUCAUGCUGCUGCCAGGCCCGUAAUCUGUCAUGGGCCCCUGUUUCCGCCUCCUCAUGCUGCUGCCAGGUCCAGAGUGUGUCAUGGGUCCCUGUACGGCCUCCCAUUGCUGCUGUCUCCAUCGCCACACUCUGCCAUGUGCCACUUUCAGGUCUCCUCACACUGCUGGUGUGUGUUCCAUUUUGUCAUAGGGUGCUG